CUCUUGAUUAUACAAUUCGGGCAAAUAAAGUUGAUGAAUUUGUCGAAUAUUUGAAAAAGUUUAUUGAAGAGACGAAGGGAGAAUUAGAUAUUGAAAAUAUUAAAAAUCUAAUUGUUGGGCGUCAACCUAAUCGAUAUAAAUCAGGAGGUGAAAUACCAUAUAAGAGAAAGAUAUGUGACACUACUAAUGCAAGCAAUUAUGAUUUAAAUGAAAAUAAAUUGGCUCAAA